AUGGUCGGUAAAGUUAGCGAGAAGGUUCUCGCCCGUGAGGGCCUAGAGAGGACCGACAACAACAUGAAGAUGUCUAGUUGGCCCGAGGCGACCCCGAUCAACCAGAAAAACUACUACACCGAUUACAUGAAGCGCGAUGACCAGAUCCUGGCUACUCGCCUCCAGAACGACGCCACUCGCGACAGACUUGUCCAGAACGCAAAGGACCGUGACCGAGCUCUCGCACGCAAUGGAAACGCAGAGGUUCCUCUUAUAAUACCCGAGAUUCAUGGCGACGAUGCCCCGUCCGAAGUUGGCGGGCUUGACCCCUCCAAAGUCAUCGUCAUCCACCCCGGCAGCCAGAACCUCCGCAUCGGCUUCGCGAGUGAUGCGCUACCCAAGUCGAUCCCUAUGACACUGGCCAACAAAUACCCACAAACCGAGGCUGACGCCCACGAUUCGAUCCCGCGCCGUCAGGCCGAUGCGCAGACCGCCGAUGAGCAGUAUGGCGAAGAGUGGUCCAAGAAGUUCACCAAGUGCAGUCACGACCUCAAGAUGGAGAUGCGUGCCAACAAGCGCAAAGUUCUGCCAAAUUCCAAGGAGCUGGUUCUCAACUAUAACCGCCGCACCGAGCCCGAUGUCAUUCCCCAACACAAUGACCCGUUGCAAAUUGAAUGGACUGAUGUCAAAACCUUGGACGACCCCCAGUCGACGGCAUCAUGCUUUAUCGGCGGAGAGGCUCUGAGAGUUCCUGAUGACUCGGAUCCCAAGUUCAAACUCUGGUGGCCCAUGCGGCAUGGCUGGCUUAAUGAGGAAGACUACGAAAGCGCGGAGCACCUUUUCAACGAUUUCGAAACCGUCAUCGAAAAGGCCAUUCGGCAGGACCUCGGCCUCUCCCGAAACAGCGUCUGGCCGCAGUAUAGCUGCGUCUUCGUGAUCCCCGAUCUAUACGACAAGAAGUACGUAGAAAUGCUGCUUCGCUUUUGCAUGAUCGGCUUCGAAUUCAACAAGGUGUGCUUCAUCCAAGAGAGCAUGGCUGCCACGUUCGGUGCCGGAUAUACUCAGGCAUGUGUCGUGGAUGUUGGUGCUCAGAAGACCUCCAUCUCAUGCGUUGAGGAUGGCCUCUGCAUUGAAGACUCUCGCAUUAACCUCAAGAGAUCAAUCUGCAGCGGCGCUAUGAUUUCCUGCUUGCAGAGGAGCUCAAGAUCAAACACUGCACCAUGUCACAGGCCGACAUUUCUGUCCAGCUUGCUCAGUUUCAUCUUCGUGCACCAAAUCAGCCUACCCACAAGUACCAGUUCAAGACGUAUGACGAAAGUCAUCCUAGCCCCCAUGGGCUUCUUUGACCCUGACCUGUUCGACAACGAUCACAAGCUGAAGGGUCGUCGCAAGCUCGUGGAUCGAUCCUACAACGCUUACGAGGCCGAAAUACCAGACGACCCUACAUCGGCUGCGCAGUUUGGCAUUCUGGCUCUCGUCAAGCCCUCUCUGAACGCUGCCACCGCCCCGGCCGCCCCCGCUGGUUCUGUGAACGGCAUCGGCGCAUCACAAACGGAGGUCUCCACUCCCAUGAAGGAGAAGCCACAGCCAUUCGAUAGCUUCAAACGCAGCGAGAACGGCACAAAUGGCACCCCUGGAGGUUCCAAAGCCACAUCACCGGCACCGGAAGGCGCCAGUACGCCGGCUCCUGUGCCCUUCGUCUUUAGCGCAGGAAGGGAGGGCAUUAAUGGCAGCCCAGCCCCGAACGGAGGGACACCGGCGCCUAAUGGAGCAGCCGCCUCGCAACCCCCUACCGGCAUGUUCAUCGACGCGCAUGCGCGAAGCGCCAAGUCGAUUGCCGUUGAGCGUGAUGAGGUGCUUCCAACCGCCCCUCUUGAUCUGGCUAUCCUCACAAGCAUCUAUAACGCUGCCAAGGGCGACGAGAAGAAGGUUCGUGAUCUGUUGGGCAGUAUCAUGGUGGUUGGCGGUGGCUCCAAGAUUCCCCAAUUCACAGCAGUCCUCGAGGAAAAGCUCAAGGUCCGACGUCCGGAUCUGCAAGAUCGCAUCCUCAUCAGUCGUAGCGCCAGAGACAUGGACGAACAGGUGGUGGUGUGGAAGGGAGCCAGUGUCUUCGCCAAGCUUCCAACAAAUGAUUCGUGGGUCACGCCGUUCGAGUUUGAGCGCCAGGACGCCCGCAUCCUGCACCACAAGGUGCUCUGGGCUUGGUAA